AUGCUACUGCAGCACGGCUGUAGUAGCUAUACUGUCACACUCACAACCGUUUCGAGUGCAAUGAAUAAACCGAAGGACCUCAGAUGCCUCCAAAAGUACCGUGCAAAAGAAGGCUGGGGGAACAAUAGUAGCGAAGAGGAUGCGGAAACGAACAAGCUAAUCUUGUUGUUCAAGGCCUCUGGGAUCAUGUUGAUGAAGAUGAAGGCCACGAUUCCGAUCAUCAUUGACACGAAGCAAAUCAAGACUGGACUGGAGCUGGCAGCAAACUUUGACGACCCAGACGAUGUACCUCGACUUGAGCUUAAGGACAAGGACGAAAUUGUUGUAGCGUCUGGACAGCAUUGUCUGUGCACUUGCAACAGAUGUUCCCCAUUACCAAAUACUGGUAAUGUGAAGGAAAGCAUCUUAAUAGGGGCGACUGUUAAGGCUGGCUCCUAA